AUCAAAAAUAUAUGAAUAAAGAGAAGAACUGAUGAUACAGGAAGUAUAUAAAAUAAAAUAUCACCAGGUAUAUAGCUUGUUUGUCAUGAACAUCGCAAACGCGCAGGACGAACGAAACUGUUUAAUCGACGAGUAUGUCUCUCGUUGAACGAGCUGCAACGUUCGUGAUGAACGAGGGGCGAAUGACCACAGCAAUCGACGUCAUAGUUUUAACAAUCAAUCAAUUAUUCGAUGUUUAAUGAAUGUAUCCAGUGAUCUUUUAUUUGGUACACUUUCAACAUGUUAGGAUUGAUUUUAUGUAUGUUAUGUAUACAAUUCUCGUUGUAUUACAAUCAACUCCAUUUUCAAACUUUCAAAGACCCGAAUAAUUUAAUGAGACUUUUCCAAUGUUAAAAAUAAAAUAUAAAGUAAUGAACGUUUUAUAUCGGUCUCUUGAAUGCUUGCUUUAUAAUAAAUUCGCAAAUAUCAAAUUUAUUUUCAGCUUUCUUAUUGGACUCAGGUAAAGAACAUAAAUCGUAGAAAGCGAUAUAAUCUGCUUUUAUUGAUAUAAAGUUACAUCGCGUCGUUAUGAACCAGAUCAAUCGUUGAAAAGCAAAUCAGUAAGCUUCUUGUCUUUUAAUAAGACAAUCAUUUUUCAUAAGUAACUCAAAAUAAAUAAUUUCUUAAACGAACAUAAUCGUCAAUAGAAUUCCAAACACGACAAGAAGAGAGAAGAUUUCUGCUAUUUCUGUCACGCAAUAAAGAAAUUGAUUCGCAGAUAAUAAACAAUUUGUUCAAAGAAAAGAGAUUAGAACAACAAUGAGAUUCGCAUUAUCUACGCGUAUGACGAAACAAAACACAAUUGAGCGGAAUAUUUUUGACGGUAAUCUGUAUUUGUAGAAUUCGCAGAUAAGAUUAGACGUCUUCCGAUUUUUAUCUAUAUUUAUUUCCAAAUUAGAAGUUUAUAGUAUUUUUGAUGAUACGUAGUCGUGGAAGACAACAGAGUUGAGCCAUUGAAAUGUCUACUGUCACAUUUGUGUUUUUACUGCUCAUGUGCGAAACGUACGGUCAACGUGAUAAAGUCUUCAUUCCAUCUGGCAAGUCACUUCCUUCUCAAGCUUCUAAAUGCAAAAAUAAAACAUACUGUGAAGUUACUCCUUACUAUCCGACGGAUAUAGUGAUCAAUGCACUGCAAGAGAAUCCUCAUCUACGCAACUACGAAAAUAACGAUGAGGUGGACAUACUUAAAGAAGAUAAAGACGUGCUCGACGAGGAACCGCUUUGUCUCUCUUUGGAGCAAGUAGUAUUCCCGAAAUCUGGUGAAACGAAAAAUUUGGAGUGGAGAUACAUAGUGAACCACGAGAAUUUCAAACAAAGUGUGCGCAUCGAAACGUGCUUGGAAAAAGGACAGAAGUGCAGAGUCAUAGGGAGUUUCGCUGAAGGCUAUUACACGAAAUGCAAACAAAAAUUCAUAUAUCGUCAACUUAUGGCGGUCUCUGCGAAUGGUUCUAUAUAUCAAGAAUCUUUUCGAUUUCCAGCCAGCUGUUGUUGUCACGUUGAGUUCAGAGCUGACGAAUUUUUAAAGUCGAUCAAUUCCAAAGCUUGACGAAAACCGAUUCACAAGCAUAGUAUUGGGUUCAUAUAGUAUUGGAUUUGUGUAAUACAUAGCGACUUUUUAAAAAU